UGAAACAGGUGAGACGGUGCGUCUUGCCCAUGGAGCUGAGGAGGAGGAGACGAUAACGGCGUCGUUUGAAGAAGUGGUGAUCCUUUCUCUGUUAGACUAAUCUCCCGCUCCAUUUUUCAGGUUUUUUCUAGGGUUUAUCCAUUAUUAUCUGUAAUCUUAUUAUUUCAGAGGGCCUGAGAAAAGCCAUGGAUUUCCAAUUGGAGCUUCGAAUUUGAUUAAAUAAAUAAAUAAUCGAUGAAAUCGAAUCUCUUAGAGCUGAAAAUUGGGAAUGAGAGAGAGAGAAAGAAAGAAAGAGAGUAUAUUUUCAAGUAUAGCCUUGUGCUUUUCGAUUAGUAAAUUUUUGUUUUUGGGGAGGUUGUGAUUGACAAAAGCUAAGUAGAUGUUGUACGGAAACUCAUUCAUGCCCUCUCUAGCGAGAACUUCACCUCUGUUUUUGUUCUUCGUCAACACUCAGCUUCCAUUGAUUUUCCGCCGUAGUCGCCGCCAUUGCCGUCCCUUCUUCAUCCAAUGCUGUAAAUCCUUCUCCGUUAAGCCAUUGCCUUCUGUGGGUAGCUUCUCUAUGGAGAAACAGAGAAUCGGCUUUGGAAGUUUGGCUAUGUCUUCCUCUGAAUCAUCAUCGGCAUCCAUUGCUGCUAAUUCCAUGUCUAACAGAGCGAAGAAGAAGGCUCUCCGAGAAUCUCCCGAGGCAGUUCUUAAAUACAAGCUCGAUAUGUGCUCUAAGAAUGGUGAUUUGGUUGAAGCACUUCGGCUUUACAACGAAGCUCGAAGUAAUGGCGUCCAGCUUAACCUGUAUCAUUACAAUGUAUUGCUCUACCUAUGCGCUUCUUCUUCUACUUCUGGUUCUGGUUCUGGUCCUUCUGGUGAAUCGGGUAGUAGUAGUAGUGUUGGUCUUAAAAUGGGUUUUGAGAUUUUUCGUCAAAUGGUGGUGGAUAAGGUUGUGCCCAAUGAGGCUACUUUUACGAAUACUGCUAGACUUGCUUCUGCUGCGGAAGACCCAGAAAUGGCUUUUGAUUUGGUGAAGCAAAUGAAGAGCUUUGGGAUUCCACCAAGGUUAAGGUCUUACGGGCCGGUUUUGUUUGGCUUCUGUAAGAAAGGGGAGGUUGAUAGAGCUUAUGAAGUUGAUGCACACAUGGUGGAAUCUGGAGUUGUUGCUGAAGAGCCUGAGCUUUCUGCUUUAUUGAAGCUCAGCGCCGAUGCUAAAAAGGGAGACAAGGUUUAUGAGAUGUUGCACAGAUUGCGAGCUGGAGUGAGGCAGGUUUCUGAAUCAACUGUUGGAAUUGUUGAAGAUUGGUUCAAGUCUGAAGAGGCUGCAAAAGUUGGGGAGGAGCAUUGGGAUGUAAACAAGGUGGAAGAAGGAAUUGUGAAGGGUGGUGGAGGAUGGCAUGGGCAAGGGUGGCUGGGUACAGGGAGUUGGAAGGUGACAAGGACUCAGAUGGAUGGAAAGGGUGUGUGUCAAUCUUGUGGUGAGAAGCUUGUUUGUAUUGAUAUUGACCCAAAAGAGACAGAGAACUUUGCUAAUUCAUUGGCCAGCUUGGCUUUCCAAAGAGAGGCUAAGGCUGAUUUUGAGCGGUUCCAGGACUGGCUUCAGGAGCAUGGUCCAUUUGAUGCAGUUGUAGAUGGUGCUAAUGUUGGUCUCACAAAUCAACAUAAUUUCAGCUUUUCCGAGCUUAGGUCUGUUGUAAAUCAAUUGCACCAACUAAGUCCAUCAAAGAGACUGCCACUUGUGAUAUUGCAUAAAAGUCGUGUAACUGGUGGUCCUGCACAAAAUCCUAAUAACAAGAAGUUGUUAGCGAGUUGGCAGAAAUCUGGUGCUCUAUAUGCUACUCCUCCUGGUUCAAAUGAUGAUUGGUACUGGUUAUACGCUGCUGUUAGUUGCAAGUGUUUACUGGUGACAAAUGAUGAAAUGAGGGACCAUUUAUUCCAAUUGCUAGGGACUAGCUUUUUUCCAAGAUGGAAGGAAAAACAUCAGGUCCGACUAGGAUUCUCAAAGAAGAAGGGACAUAUCCUUCACAUGCCACCUCCAUAUUCUAUUGUAAUUCAGGAGUCAAAGGAAGGUAGUUGGCACGUGCCAACAGUCACAGGUGAUGAUCUUGAGACCCCAAGGCAGUGGUUGUGUGCCACCAGAGCCUGGGAUAAGAUAUAGAAGGGGAAGAGAUGGAGAGGGGGAGAGAAAGAGAGAUUUUAUAGUUCUUUUUUUUUUUUUUUUCACAAAAACCAGAUCAAUUAUUUUCAAGGACAAAAUUGUAUUCAUGUGAAUAAACAAGAACUAAGAAACUUUGUUGACAGGUAAUUAAAUGGUUUUCUAGAAAAUAUUUUCAGAAACCCAAAGGGAAUUGGAUUUAUUAUUAUUA